GUGAUGUUCGCCAAGGCAACUGCAAACUUUGUUCGUCAGAUCGACCCAGAUGGAACCCUGAUCUCCGUCUCCCGCCUUAACGACUCAGACAAGUUGGUUCCCAUGGCACUGGUCGUCAAGCGCAACCGUUUCUGGUUCUGGCAACGGCCCAAGUACCUGCCCUCUGACUUCACACUCAGUCACCUGUUGCUAGGAGACAAAGAACUCACUCCAGGUAAAGUAGGGCCAUGGUUACUCCUCAAAUACAUCUCACAUACUGUACAUCUCAUAUUUUGCCCACACACACAACUGCCUAAAACAUAUAGCCAUUCAUACCUCACAAGCCGGAUGUGGAGGUCCUGGGCUGGCGUGGUUACACGUGGUCUGCGGUUGUGAGGCCGGUUGGUCGUACAGCCAAAUGGAUUUGAUUUGACAUACAGUACCUCUCUGACUCACUCCUACUCGCUGUCUUCAUACGGCACUUGUCUCUGUACUCUCUCAGACGUGUCUGAAUCAGACUUCCUGUCCUAUGAGGGGAGGUUUGGAGACAACCUGAGUGGGAAGCUGGAUGCCAAGGCUGGGAACUUCAGUGUCAGUGUGGAGGGGCGGGGCUCCUCCAAGCUCCAAUUAUCAUUCGGCAAGCUGAAGAAGCAGGAUGUUGAUGUACAGAAGCUAUUGCUGGCCUCCAAUGAUAGGUACUGUACUGUAAAUAAACAUACACAUAGAUUAAUACACAGACACACACGCUCAUUCAUACAUGCUGUACAAGCAUCCGCAUCUCUCUCUCUUUCUCUCUCCCUAAAUCUCUCCAUCUCUGUUUCUGUUUCCUUCUUCUCACCAGACCCAGUCUCUCCAGUUUUGGUUAUGUACAGUUAGGUCCAAAAUUAUUGGCACCCUUGAUAAAGAUGAACAAAAAAGACUGUAUAGAAUAAAUACACUGAACAAAAAUAUAAAUGCAACAUGUAAAGUGUUGGUCCCAUAUUUCAUGAGCUGGAAAUAAAAUACAUUUUCCAUACACACAAAAAACGUAUUUCUCUCAAAUUUUGUGCACAUUUGAUUACAUCCCUGUUAGUGAGCAUUUCUCCUUUGCCAAGAUAAUCCAUCCACCUGACAGCUGUGGCAUAUCAAGAAGCUGAUUAAACAGCAUGAUCAUUACACAGGUGCACCUUGUGCUGGGGACAAUAGAAGGCCACUCUAAAAUGUGCAGUUUUGUCACACAACACAAUGCCACAGAUGUCUCAAAUUUUGAGCGAGCGUACAAUUGGAAUGUCCACCAGAGCUGUUGCCAGAGAAUUGAAGACAUCUCCAACGUUGUUUUAGAGUGACUAUUCCCAAACUGGGGUACGCGCAAUGCCGUCGGGGGUACGCCUAAUAAAAAUGUGAUUCACAUUUUCAAACAGUCCAUUUAUAUUUUCCAACGGGGCUAUACAUUUGGGUGAUGUUUUUUUCUCGCCUGAGUAGCCUCGUUUCACUGCCAAAAAUACAAUUAAACCAUCUAGUCUUCAGCAAAAUAACAACACAAUGUCAAAUACAGGUAGCCUAGUCAAAUAAUUAACAUGCAAUCACAUUAACCGCUACUCUAAUAAUAAUAAUAAUAAUAAUAUGCCAUUUAGCAGACGCUUUUAUCCAAAGCGACUUACAGUCAUACGUGCAUACAUUUUUAUUUAUAUUUAUGGGUGGUCCCGGGGAUCGAACCCACUACCUUGGCGUUACAAGCGCCGUGCUCUACUAGCUGAGCUACAGAGGACCACUCUCUCGCGGGAAUUCCACUAAUGGUCCGUAUGGAGCCAAACGUAGCUGCUGCUCAUUCCGUUUGCUCGAAAAUGGAUACGGUUUUAAAAAAGUACAGCCCGCGUCCAUAGAGACACAUACCAGCUCUACUGGUAGUACUGCUCCUACCAGCAGCACUACACCUGCACCUGUCGACGACACAAGUUGUUCUGCUUCCACGAGCACAUCCAACGCUAGCAUCAGUCAUUCUACAUUUGUUGCUAGCCCAGCUAGAAUGGACCCUGACAGUUAUGAAUCUGAUGCAGCCAAAGAGCUACUGCCCCCUUACCCGGGAAAGCACCGAACAACAGACAGGGACGUUGGACCAUCGAAGAGGCGCAAAUAUGAUGAGAACUACAUUGAUUUGGGGUUCACUUAUAUUGGGAGUAGUGCCUUUCCUCAGCCACAAUGUGUUAUAUGUGCAAAAGUACUAUCUCACAACUCGAUGAAACCUUCACUCUUGUGCAGAAAUGUAGAAACGAAACAUGCCAAUUUGAAAAAUAACCACGGGACUUUUUUGAGCGUGAAUUAAGACGACUUUCGAGUAGUAAGACAUGUAUAAAAGCAACAGAUACCAUUAAUAAGAAGGGGCUAGAAGCGUCUUAUAUGGUGAGCUACCGAGUGUCUAAGACAGGCAAGCCCCAUACUAUUGUGGAGGACUUAAUUCUUCCUGCUGCCGCGGAUAUGGCUGGGACAAUGCUGGGGGAAGAGGCCCAAAAAACGAUACAGACAAUGCCUUCAUUUGUGACAUCAAAUGGACUUUGGUGGUCAAGAUGUGUUGGUAUCUGUACUGAUGGCACAAAAGCCAUGACAGGGAGACAUAGUGGAGUGGUAAGGCGCGUGCAAGUAGUUGCUCCCGACGCCACUUGGGUACACUGCAGCAUCCACCGAGAGGCUCUUGCUGCCAAGGGACUGCCUGACAGCUUGAAAGACGUUUUGGACACUACAGUGAAAAUGGCAUAUGAUUCCUCUUUUCAACGCCAAACUCACCACUGGUCUGCGUGGCCAAAGAGCGCUGUUUUCAUGUCAUCUGACCAUAGCACCAGGCAUGUGCACAGAUAGGGGUCUACCUGUGCUCGAGCACCUGCCCCUUUACCCUCCCACUCACCAAGUACCCUUUUGGGUGGUUGUAUAAACUGUACCAGUCAAAAGUUUUUAGACACCUACUCAUCAAGGGUUUUUCUUUAUUUUUACUAUUUUCUACAUUGUAGAGUAAUAGUGAAGACAUCAAAACUAUGAAAUAACACAUAUGGAAUCAUGUAGUAUUUCAUAGUUUUGAUGUCUUCACUAUUAUUAAGAUAAGGGUAAAGAUUAUUGGCACGGUUUACAAUACCUUCCAAUACCUCUAUUUUCAUUUUCAUCCAAUGGAAACGCCUUCACACUUGGAUUGGAACCGGUGCCAUGCAGGGCCGUGUUAUGAAUUCAUACUGAGCACCUGCCCACUGAAAGGUGUGUGCACGGCCCUACAUGGCAGAAUACGAUACAGCUCAGUAUUUGUAUUAUUUAUUUUAUACAGUCUGUGUAUUCAUCUAUGUCUAUGUGCAGUACAGUACCUGUCAUUGGAGGCCAGCAGUAGCUUCUUCAGCUUUCUGAAUGAUAAUUGGAGCUUGGAGGAGCCCCGCCCCUCCACAUUGACACUGAUGUUCCCAGACUUGGCGUCCAGCUUCCCACUCAGGUUGUCUCCAAACCUCUCCGCAUCCUUCUACACCUCUUUAACCUCCUUCCCCACAUCUCUGUGUGUAGGAUGGUGGACAUGCAGCAUGUGCUGGUGCAGCAGUGUCAGAAGCGUGCGGAGGUGUUUGCUGUGUUGAAGGAGAGGAUCCUGACCACCACCCCCUGCUCCAUCUCAGAACAGGUCCAGGAGCAGGGCACCUGCCAGGGGGUUCUGGGACUACUGGGCAAACUGGGGACACACUCUGUAAAGGUGGGUUGGGGGGGAGAGAAAAGGAGAGAUGGAGUGAGAACGAGAGGAAGAGAGAGACGGAGAGAUUGUGAGAGAGAGAGACGGAGAGAUAGAGAUGGGGGGAGAGAGAGAGAGAGAUGGAUAAAGAGAGAGAGAGACUGGGAAGUGUGAUUUGUGUUAUUACAUGUUUUAACAUGUCGUUAAUUGUACUAGGUGUGUGUUGUGUUAUUACACGUGUUUUCUAUGUGUUAUUGAGUAUAUAUUUGUUUUGUUUGUGUGUCAUGCCAGGUGUGUGUUACAUGUUAUUAAAUGUUAUUAUAUGUGUGUAUAUCAGGUGUGUGUGCAGGAGAAUAGCAGUAUAGAGAUGGACAGUGACGUUUCCUUGGAGAUUCCGCCUCUCACUGUCAUCGCCUACAGCCUCAUAGAGCUAGAGGUCAGGAAAGACGGACACUAUGGUGAGUGAGUGAGUGUGCCACCCACUAGAUACUAUUACGUUGCAAUUCUACAAGGUAAAUUACUUAUUCUCUCUCUCUCAUUCCCUCUCUUUCCCUCUCUCUCGCUCUCUUUCUCACUCUCGCUCUCUUUCUCGCUCUCUCGCUCUCUUUCUCGCUCUUUCUCUCUCUUACUCCCUCUCUCUCUCUCUCGCUCUUUCUCUCUCCUUCUCUCUCUCUCUCUCUCUCUCUCUCCUUCUCUCUCAGAGCUGUGUCUACAGCAUGGUACUCUUGGAGGAUUCGAGGCAGGCUCUGGGAGGACCUCGCCAUCCCAGGAUUCCUUUGAUACCCUGUGUGUUGUGGACGGGCAGGAGUGGACGGAGAAGGAGAUUCCUGAAGGAGCACCACUCAGCGCAUUGCAGAAAAGUAUGUGUGUUUGUGUGUGUUUCAUUCAUUCAUUCAUUCAUUCAUUUAUUGUUGAUCCGGGUAUGUCAGUUGAUCAUUUAGUUCCCUUUUUUGUUGAUGUUGAGAUAUACAGCAGUUGAUUUGACCAACAUGUCAGUGUGUGAUAGUGUGUCAAUAUGCCCUAUGUAUAAAACAGGAAUUGAAAUCUCUAGACAGCUAUUCUACAGAAGAAAUCGAGGGUAGUGUCUUCCUCUUUUCAUCAAAUGAAUGAUACUGAGAGAGGAAGUGCAGUGCUGAGUUUGCCUUACUUUGGAUAAAAACAUUUAACGUAAUCAUUUUAAAUGACGUUGAUGAAAUUUUCACACACAGAAACAGACUGAGAGGAAUUUCUCUGUUAGCAUCAUAUCGCGGUCUAUUCGUCAUAUUGUCAAUGAUGUGUCAUGAGAAAAGUGAGCCUAAGAGGCAAGCUCUGAUUGGUUAUUUAUCUCCCUCUCCUCUACAGACUUGCAGGACUUGGAGGUCUAUCUACGUCAGUUAGCGGUUCUCCCAGAGUCGACCCGGUCCACUCUGUUCCAGAGGCUCCGUGAGGUUCUAGUGGACAGAACCACACUCACGGUUCUGGAACACACGGUUAGUGGCACCGUGGCCAGGGCCAAAAGUAGUGCACUAUAAGGGAAUAGGGUGCCAUUUGGGAUGCAACCCUUGUCUGAUGGCAUUGUUUUGUGGACUUUUUAGACCAGACACAGUCAUAUCUGUCACAGUAUGAAUUGGAUAUAAUUACAUUUUCAUCUCUCUGUCUUAUCUCUCUCUCUCUCUCUCUCUCAAUUCAAAGGGCUUUAUUGGCAUGGGAAACAUGUUUACAUUGCCAAAGCAAGUGAAAUAGAUAAUAAACUAAAGUUAAAUGAACAAUAAAAAAUAAGCAGUAAACAUUCCAUCUCUCUCUUUCUCUCUCUCUCUCCCUCCUCUCUCUCUCUCUUUCUCAGUUGGAGGUCUGGUGUAGAGGUAAGGACCUUGACCCUACAGAGGUAAAGGAGUUGUCUGUUUCUCAGAACAAAUCUGUCUCCACCCUAUUGGACCUGGUCCAGAAAGGCCCAACAAAUCAGAUACAGGCUGAUGGAGCAUCCACCCCCCUCCACCUGACUGCCACUCACCUGCUGGUCAGCGCCUUGGAGGGUGAGAGUGUGUGUGUGUGUGUGUGUGUGUGUGUGUGUGUUGUGUGUGGUGUGUGUGUGUGUGUUGUGUGUGUGUGUGUGUUGAAGAUUAUGGUGGAAAAUAAGUAUUUGGUCAAUAACAAACGUUUCUCAAUACUUUGUUUUAUACCCUUUGUUGGCAAUGACACAGGUCAAACGUGUUCUGUAAGUCUUCACAAGGUUUUCACACACUGUUGCUGGUAUUUUGGCCCAUUCCUCCAUGCAGAUCUCCUCUAGAGCAGUGACGUUUUGGGGCUGUCACUGGGCAACACGGACUUUCAACUCCCUCCAAAGAUUUUCUAUGGGGUUGAGAUCUGGAGACUGGCUAGGCCACUCCAGGACCUUGAAAUGCUUCUUACGAAGCCACUCCUUCGUUGCCAGGGCGGUGUGUUUGGGAUCAUUGUCAUUGUCAUGCUGAAAGACCCAGCCACGUUUCAUCUUCAAUGCCCUUGCUGAUGGAAGGAGGUUUUCACUAAAAAUCUCACAAUACCUGGCCCCAUGAAUUCUUUCCUUUACACGGAUCAGUCGUCCUGGUCCCUUUGCAGAAAAACAGCCCCAAAGCAUGAUGUUUCCACCCCCAUGCUUCACAGUAGGUAUGGUGUUCUUUGGAAGCAACUCAGCAUUCUUUGUCCUCCAAACACGACGAGUUGAGUUUUUACCAAAAAGUUAUAUUUUGGUUUCAUCUGACCAUAUGACAUUCUCCCAAUCCUCUUCUGGAUCAUCCAAAUGCACUCUAGCAAACUUCAGAGGGGCCUGGACAUGUACUGGCUUAAGCAGGGGGACACGUCUGGCACUGCAGGAUUUGAGUCCCUGGCGGCGUAGUGUGUUACUGAUGGUAGGCUUUGUUACUUUGGUCCCAGCUCUCUGCAGGUCAUUCACUAGGUCCCCCCGUGUGGUUCUGGGAUUUUUGUUCACCGUUCUUGUGAUCAUUUUGACCCCACGGGGUGAGAUCUUGCGUGGAGUCCCAGAUCGAGGGAGAUUAUCAGUGGUCUUGUAUGUCUUCCAUUUCCUAAUAAUUGCUCCCACAGUUGAUUUCUUCAAACCAAGCUGCUUACCUAUUGCAGAUUCAGUCUUCCCAGCCUGGUGCAGGUCUACAAUUUUGUUUCUGGUGUCCUUUGACAGCUCUUUGGUCUUGGCCAUAGUGGAGUUUGGAGUGUGACUGUUUGAGGUUGUUGACAGGUGUCUUUUAUACUGAUAACAAGUUCAAAAAGGUGCCAUUAAUACAGGUAACGAGUGGAGGACAGAGGAGCCUCUUAAAGAAGAAGUUACAGGUCUGUGAGAGCCAGAAAUCUUGCUUGUUUGUAGGUGACCAAAUACUUAUUUUCCACCAUAAUUUGCAAAUAAAUUCAUAAAAAAUCCUACAAUGUGAUUUUCUGGAGAAAUUUUUUCUCAAUUUGUCUGUCAUAGUUGACGUGUACCUAUGAUGAAAAUUACAGGCCUCUCUCAUCUUUUUAAGUGGGAGAACUUGCACAAUUGGUGGCUGACUAAAUACUUUAUUUCCCCACUGUAUAUGUAUAUAUGUGUGUGUUGCAUUCUCUAACCCCUGUGUUUUGUGUUUCUGUAGCGUUGCCUGAUGCUGCUCUGACUCUGCUGGGAGAAUCUAGCCCUGAUGUCAUAGAAGCCCUCAACACUCUGGUCAGUCUGAUUCAAUUCACCAGUCACUUUACACGACUCAUCAUUCACUACUGAAGCCCUCAACACUCUGGUCAGUCUGAUUCAAUUCACCAGUCACUUUACACGACUCAUCAUUCACUACUGAAGCCCUCAACACUCUGGUCAGUCUGAUUCAAUUCACCAGUCACUUUACACGACUCAUCAUUCACUACUGAAGCCCUCAACACUCUGGUCAGUCUGAUUCAAUUCACCAGUCACUUUACACGACUCAUCAUUCACUACUGAAGCCCUCAACACUCUGGUCAGUCUGAUUCAAUUCACCAGUCACUUUACACGACUCAUCAUUCACUACUGAAGCCCUCAACACUCUGGUCAGUCUGAUUCAAUUCACCAGUCACUUUACACGACUCAUCAUUCACUACUGAAGCCCUCAACACUCUGGUCAGUCUGAUUCAAUUCACCAGUCACUUUACACGACUCAUCAUUCACUACUGAAGCCCUCAACACUCUGGUCAGUCUGAUUCAAUUCACCAGUCACUUUACACGACUCAUCAUUCACUACUGAAGCCCUCAACACUCUGGUCAGUCUGAUUCAAUUCACCAGUCACUUUACACGACUCAUCAUUCACUACUGAAGCCCUCAACACUCUGGUCAGUCUGAUUCAAUUCACCAGUCACUUUACACGACUCAUCAUUCACUACUGAAGCCCUCAACACUCUGGUCAGUCUGAUUCAAUUCACCAGUCACUUUACACGACUCAUCAUUCACUACUGAAGCCCUCACCACUCUGUUCAGUCUGAUUCAAUUCACCAGUCACUUUACACGACUCAUCAUUCACUACUGAAGCCCUCACCACUCUGUUCAGUCUGAUUCAAUUCACCAGUCACUUUACACGACUCAUCAUUCACUACUGAAGCCCUCACCACUCUGUUCAGUCUGAUUCAAUUCACCAGUCACUUUACACGACUCAUCAUUCACUACUGAAGCCCUCAACACUCUGGUCAGUCUGAUUCAAUUCACCAGUCACUUUACACGACUCAUCAUUCACUACUGAAGCCCUCAACACUCUGGUCAGUCUGAUUCAAUUCACCAGUCACUUUACACGACUCAUCAUUCACUACUGAAGCCCUCAACACUCUGGUCAGUCUGAUUCAAUUCACCAGUCACUUUACACGACUCAUCAUUCACUACUGAAGCCCUCACCACUCUGUUCAGUCUGAUUCAAUUCACCAGUCACUUUACACGACUCAUCAUUCACUACUGAAGCCCUCACCACUCUGUUCAGUCUGAUUCAAUUCACCAGUCACUUUACACGACUCAUCAUUCACUACUGAAGCCCUCACCACUCUGUUCAGUCUGAUUCAAUUCACCAGUCACUUUACACGACUCAUCAUUCACUACUGAAGCCCUCACCACUCUGUUCAGUCUGAUUCAAUUCACCAGUCACUUUACACGACUCAUCAUUCACUACUGAAGCCCUCAACACUCUGGUCAGUCUGAUUCAAUUCACCAGUCACUUUACACGACUCAUCAUUCACUACUGAAGCCCUCAACACUCUGGUCAGUCUGAUUCAAUUCACCAGUCACUUUACACGACUCAUCAUUCACUACUGAAGCCCUCAACACUCUGGUCAGUCUGAUUCAAUUCACCAGUCACUUUACACGACUCAUCAUUCACUACUGAAGCCCUCAACACUCUGGUCAGUCUGAUUCAAUUCACCAGUCACUUUACACGACUCAUCAUUCACUACUGAAGCCCUCAACACUCUGGUCAGUCUGAUUCAAUUCACCAGUCACUUUACACGACUCAUCAUUCACUACUGAAGCCCUCACCACUCUGUUCAGUCUGAUUCAAUUCACCAGUCACUUUACACGACUCAUCAUUCACUACUGAAGCCCUCACCACUCUGUUCAGUCUGAUUCAAUUCACCAGUCACUUUACACGACUCAUCAUUCACUACUGAAGCCCUCACCACUCUGUUCAGUCUGAUUCAAUUCACCAGUCACUUUACACGACUCAUCAUUCACUACUGAAGCCCUCACCACUCUGUUCAGUCUGAUUCAAUUCACCAGUCACUUUACACGACUCAUCAUUCACUACUGAAGCCCUCACCACUCUGUUCAGUCUGAUUCAAUUCACCAGUCACUUUACACGACUCAUCAUUCACUACUGAAGCCCUCACCACUCUGUUCAGUCUGAUUCAAUUCACCAGUCACUUUACACGACUCAUCAUUCACUACUGAAGCCCUCAACCACUCUGUUCAGUCUGAUUCAAUUCACCAGUCACUUUACACGACUCAUCAUUCACUACUGAAGCCCUCACCACUCUGUUCAGUCUGAUUCAAUUCACCAGUCACUUUACACGACUCAUCAUUCACUACUGAAGCCCUCACCACUCUGUUCAGUCUGAUUCAAUUCACCAGUCACUUUACACGACUCAUCAUUCACUACUGAAGCCCUCACCACUCUGUUCAGUCUGAUUCAAUUCACCAGUCACUUUACACGACUCAUCAUUCACUACUGAAGCCCUCACCACUCUGUUCAGUCUGAUUCAAUUCACCAGUCACUUUACACGACUCAUCAUUCACUACUGAAGCCCUCACCACUCUGUUCAGUCUGAUUCAAUUCACCAGUCACUUUACACGACUCAUCAUUCACUACUGAAGCCCUCACCACUCUGUUCAGUCUGAUUCAAUUCACCAGUCACUUUACACGACUCAUCAUUCACUACUGAAGCCCUCACCACUCUGUUCAGUCUGAUUCAAUUCACCAGUCACUUUACACGACUCAUCAUUCACUACUGAAGCCCUCAACACUAUGGUCAGUCUGAUUUAAUUCACUAUACAAUUCCCCAGUCACUUUAUAUUAUUUUACGAUUCACGACUCCUUUAAUUCAUAUAAACUAAACAACUCUAUCACAAAUAAAAUACUUUGAUAUGUAUACUCUGAUCCAUUAUUAGUUUAGAACUAUGUUAUACCCAGACAGUGGUCAUGAUGAAUUCUACUGUAGACUUUGCCCUGUACCUUACUUGUUGUCUGUCCCACAGGUGAUCAAGCUAAAGGUAAACGGUCAGUCCCUCCCCCUUGAGUCACUGCCCCACCCCUUGCAGGACAAGGGGGCAUUCCAAUGGGCAGAGCAGCUCCUCCUCUCAUCCAAUGUGAUGCUGCGGAGAGAGACUGACAGGCUUUGGGCGGAGACCGGAAAAAUGCCAGGAGUGUUUCCAUUGGUCAUGUGCAUCGCUGUGCAAGGACUGACAUCUCUGUACACUGGGAAGGGGUAG